AUGGUGAUGGAGGGCCAAGGAAUACCCACCUCUUCGGAGCUUGAGAGGGAAGUACCAGGCUUGGUGACGCACUUCAUGAAGCACUUGUCGUUCGCUUUCUGCGAGCGGCCGGUCCGAGUGUCAGCUGCAAGGGGCGGGUCACGGCGUUUCGCGUUCGACCGCGAGCUCGCUCUUGAUCCGCUCUUUGACGGCGUCCGCGCGAGCGGCCACCUCUGGGAAAACCGGACGGGUCAGCAAGAGAAAAUUAUGGAGCGAAUAACGCUGCCUGUGUGCAGGAACUGCUCGAGACUCUACGGGAUUUCCGGCUCAAGGCGAUCCGCCUCGACCCUUGCCCGCGCGCAGAGCACCUCCUUCACCUCCUUCUUCUUCCCCAAUCGCCAAUGGGACGCCAAACCAAACGCACAACGCCGGCACGUCCAGCCGCUGGUCACCGAGGCCGCCCUGCAAUCCCUCCACUCCCCGGCGACGCCGUCCGCCGCCGCCGCCUCCUUCAAGCGCCUCGAGCCGCUCUCGCCCUCGCAGACGCUCAAGAUCUACGCCCAGCUCUCCAAAUCGCGCCUCACCACGCUCGUCACGCUCACCGCCAUGGCCGGCGUCGCGCUCUCCCCGCUCCCCGCCAGCGUCCCCGCGCUCAUCGCGACCGCCGCCGGCACCGCGCUCUGCGCCGCCUCCGCCAACACCCUCAACCAGCUGCAGGAGGUCCCCUUCGACGCCCAGAUGGCCCGCACGCGCAACCGGCCCCUCGUCCGCCGCGCGAUCACGCCCGUCCACGCCGCCGCCUUCGGCGCCUUCACGGGCCUCGCCGGCCCCGCCAUCCUCUGGGCCGUCAGCCCGAUGGCCGCCGCGCUCGGCGCCGCGAACAUCGCGCUCUACGCCGGCGCGUACACCUGGCUCAAGCGCAAGAGCGUCGCGAACACCUGGGUCGGCGCCGUCGUCGGCGGCCUCCCGCCGCUCAUCGGCUGGGCCGCGUGCGGCGGCCAGCUCCUCCCGUCCGCGUCCUACCCGCCCCACCUCUUCCUCCCCUCCUUCCUCGUCUCCUCCGCGCCGACGGCGGUCGACCUCGCGCUGGUCGAUAACGCGCUCGCGCCCGCCGCGCUCUUCCUCCUCCUCUACUCGUGGCAGUUCCCCCAUUUCAACUCGUUCGCGCACCUCGUGCGCGGGUCGUACGCGCAGGCGGGCUACCGCAUGCUCUCCGUCCUCAACCCGGAGAAGAACGCGCUCGUCGCGCUCCGGCACGCGGCCGCGCUCGUCCCCGUCUGUGGCAUCCUCUUCCCGCUCUCGGGGCUCACGACGUGGACGUUCGGGCUCGUGAGCAUCGUGCCGAACGCGAUCUGCGUCCGCGCCGCGUGGAGGUUCUGGCGGACGGGCACGGAGAAGGAUGCGCGCAAGUUAUGGCAUCACGAGCUGUGGUACUUGCCCGUCAUCCUCGGCUUGAUGAUGUUCUUCAAGCAGGGCAUGGAGUGGGGACGGUGGCUGGGGUUUACCAAGAGCAAACAGGAGGAAGAGUCCCCGGGAUCCAUGACGCAGGGGUUCUUUACGGCCAGCUCCACCAUAACGUCGAACGUCUCAUAUCUCCCAAUGAGCACGUCUUCGCAAUCGGGAACUAGCGAAUACCUCGUCCCGAACAUGCCCAAGUGCAGGGCUAGCUGUCGAAGUUUCGGGAAGAGCAUCAUAUCGGCGCUCGAGGAACUGCGUGAUAGGCAGUGGAUCCGAGUUCUCGUGUUCGUAUCGGAGGUCUGCCGUCACGGUGGUGAGGCGAUCGAGGUUCAGAUUGCGAAAGACCCUGAGCAUGGCUCUCCAGUCCUGAACGAUGUUCAGAUGGAGCAAAGCUGCGGUGGACGGCACGUCGAGGCCACUGAGCAGAUAACAUAUGUGCGGGCCGGGUCCAUACAGUUCCAGACUGCACGACAACGACAUUCUCACCAAGAGAUGACGCAGGGAGGUCAUCGCUCGAAGAGCCGUGACAAAAUCCCUGCCUGUAGGAAAGGAUUGGAUGGCGAGGAAGUUGAGCUCGAGGCUGGUUAA